GCCUACAGCUACGAGGACAGUUUCAAUGUACAACCACAAGCUGCUGCUAUGACAGGCCAGGCCAGCAAUGGUGAUACAGAGGACGCUGCUCUCGAGAUUCUCGCCGUGGCCUUCAACUGCGACUUGUGCGCCUUCGCGAGCCACAGCGACGCCGAGCUCGCGGAGCACAAGCGAGUCGUCCACGACAUCCCGGUCCAACCGAGCACCUUCCGCUGCAGCCACUGUCGAGUCGUGUUUCGGCAUCACUAUCGGCUGAUGCUGCACCUGCAGAAGCACACCGGCUCCGGCUCCUUUCGCUGUUCCGUCUGCGCCAAGAAGUUUGCGAGCGAGCAGAACCUCUUGCGCCAUGUCAAGACCGUGCAUGGUACCAUGGAGAACUACUUCUGCCCCCUCUGCCCGAGGAAGUUCACACGCAAGGACAACUUGCUGGCGCACAUUCGAAAGCAUGGCACCCACACUGCUCAGCACUGAGAUUUUCGAGUGGUGUUUGGACUAUCCUCAACAGGUCUGACUCGGUAACGGAUGUUUUUGCGUCCGAGUGCUCAGUGAACGCCCGCCCACAGCAGUGUGUUGGCCAUUUGAACCUCAUCACACCAAAUUCACACGUGAUGCGAAAAAUACCUUUGUUAUGUUCUCUGUUCAUCAUAAGUGUACAUACAGACAUUUGUGACUGCAUACUGGUGUCCUGGUCUAAUACGCAAAAGAAAUGUUCACAUUGAGUCUCCUGCGAGCCACCAUAGUUUAUGUAGAUAUUUAUGGCCCUUCAGCAGCUUUGGCAUCCUGACACAUGGCAAGUGCACGGUGCUCAUUAAAAACACAUUGCACUGGUGUUUAUGCUCAAUCAUCUUAUUUUUAUAAUAACAUGGAAUUGCCUCUAUACUUAGCUAGCCAUCUGCGGGUACGUGAACCAUGACAUUGGUGAUUGCACGUACGUGGUCAUAACAUGCACAUUUUUUUUUACAAACUAUCCACUUUUGUUUAGGCAGCUAUAGCAUCAGCGCUGCAUUUUCCAAUAUAUCGUUAUUCCGUGUAAUCAUCUGCCUCUCUCAGCUGUCUGUGUUUCCUUUUGUCACUGGUCCAGCUAUUCUUAUAGGCCACCGUUUGUUGUAUGCCUCAUAAUACUGACUUAACUCUACCUAAAGUAUCUUUCUUGAGCCCUUACAUUCCCAUAGGCUAGCUCAAGAUAUCGACAUAU